AAUCUACUCCUUUGCCACAAUGAUAAUUGCCUCUUUAAACCCUAGAAGUGAAUAAGACGGCUUGCUGAUGAGACUCAAUUGGCCGCUAUAGCUUCGAUCAAAAAGCAGUUUCGCCGACAAGGCUCGCUGACACGCACCAUGACUGGCAAUGGCUCCGUCCAGCCCAACGAGCAGUCGCCGUUGCUGCAUUCGCACUCCCACCAUGAUGGCUCGCACUCGUCAGAGUCGCCGUACCUCUCAGACUCGCGUUUCUGGGUCAGGCUGCCUUACCAAACCGUCCAUUUGACCUGGGCUACCCUGGCGAGCAACUACGUUCAUAUCCUUUUGGUAUUCGUGCCGCUGGGUAUUGUAUCCGGAGUCUUGGAAUGGGGCGCCGCUACAGUCUUCGUUCUGAAUUUCCUCGCUAUUAUGCCGUUGGCUUCACUGCUCAGCUUUGCUACGGAAGAGUUAUCAGCUACCAUGGGCCAGACCUUGGGUGGUCUAAUGAAUGCGACUUUCGGAAAUGCGGUGGAACUUAUUGUGAGCAUUAUUGCCUUGAAAGACAACCAGAUCCGUGUUGUCCAAGCAAGCAUGCUGGGUAGUAUUCUUUCAAAUAUUCUGUUAGUGCUAGGUUGCUGUUUCCUAGUCGGCGGCCUAAGAUACUCCGAGCAGUCGUUCAAUUCAACAGUUGCUUCGACCAUGUCUUCACUGCUGGCCGUCGCAUCAGCAUCGCUGAUCAUCCCCGCAUCACUCUUUGCUGCCAUGUCGGGUUCCUACGAGACCAACCCUGAUGAGACUCGGAAGAACAUUCUUUUACUCUCACAUGGCACCGCCAUCAUCCUCCUACUCCUCUAUGUAAUGUAUCUAUACUUCCAGCUAAAAUCCCACUCCCAUCUUUUCGAGGAAGGCGCCGAAGGGGACGACAAUAUCGAGAACCAAGCAGUUGUAGCUGAGGAGGAACAUCACAUUCUCGGCCCAUUUGCCGCUGGAGUCGCAUUAGUUGUCGUUACGAUUCUGGUCGCUAUCUGUGCCGAAUACCUUGUCGGCAGCAUCGAGGGCAUUGUAGAGAAAACUGGCAUGAGCAAGACCUUCAUCGGUCUUGUGCUCAUUCCGAUCGUUGGCAAUGCUGCUGAGCAUGUGACCGCUGUUGUCGUGGCUUACAAGAACAAGAUGGAUCUUGCUAUUGGCGUUGCAAUCGGAAGCAGCUUGCAGAUUGCACUAUUCGUAACGCCCUUCCUCGUUAUUCUCGGCUGGAUUAUGGGUGUGGAAAUGACGUUGCAUUUCCAUGUCUUUGAAACGGUUUCGUUCUUUAUAUCAGCCCUCGUCGUUAUUCUCCUCAUUCAGGACGGUAAAUCGAAUUACUUGGAGGGUGGAUUAUGCUUGGGAUUGUACUUCAUCCUUGCCAUUGCCUUUUACGUAUAUCCAGACAACACGUCUACUUAACGGAAACAUGUCGUCUUCAAUUCGCACUGUCACUGACUUUGUGUUUUCAAUCGCAUCGCUCGGAAUGAUUUACUACACUGUCGAUGUAAAUUCCCCACCCAUUGACAUAACUAUUUGAGGAGGGUUGUAUUAAGCCUUCUACAACUUGGCUUGAACUUAAAUGUCGACACAGCUAGGCCAUUAUCAUAUGUGACGCCUGGUGCAUCUCCGCUGUCAAAAUAUUCAAAAUAUCGCUUGUGUAAAGUUAUCGAAUGAAAUAAAAUCAUGUGAUUUAAAGCUUCUU